UCAAAUUGAAGCUCUGAUUUCGGUUCUCAUUCCUUUGGAUUCAUAGCAAUGGAGCUCGUUGAUGUAUUCUUCGCCAACAACGCCGGUGACGGGCUCGUGGUCUCCAUCUCAAUGUUCGUUGCCGUGAUCUGCCUCUGCAUCAUUGUUGGGCACUUGCUUGUGGAGAAUCGGUGGAUCAAUGAGUCCAUCACCGCCAUCGUUAUUGGAUGCAUAACUGGAACUAUAAUUUUGUUUUGGAGUAAGGGCACAAGUUCUCACAUUCUAAGGUUUGAUGAACAGCUGUUCUUUAUGUAUCUUCUCCCUCCAAUAAUUUUCAAUGCUGGGUUUCAGGUCAAGAAGAAGAAGUUUUUCCAUAACUUUUUUACCAUCAUCCUAUUUGGAGUAGUUGGAGUUUUUAUAUCGUUUGUGAUCAUUUCAGCAGGCAGCUGGUGGCUAUUUCCAAAGAUUGGCUUUCAUGGACUAGAUGCACGUGACUUUCUAGCUCUUGGUGUAAUUUUUUCUUCAACCGACACUGUUUGUACCCUACAGGUCUUGAGUCAAGAUGAGGCCCCUCUUUUGUACAGUUUAGUCUUUGGGGAGGGAGUUGUGAAUGAUGCUACUGCAGUAGUGCUUUUUAAUGCGAUCAGAAAAAUAGAUGCAUCUAAAUUGGCUGGCUGGUCUGCAGUUCAUGUUUUUGGGGACUUCCUAUACUUAUUUUCAACAAGCACUAUCCUUGGCAUUGCAACUGGGCUUGGGACUGCAUAUUGUCUGAAAGUUUUGUAUUUUGGAAAGCAUUCAACAGACCGUGAGAUAGCUUUAAUGGUGUUAAUGGCAUAUUUGUCGUACAUGCUAGCAGAGCUAUUAAAACUGAGUGGGAUCCUUACUGUCUUCUUUUGUGGGAUCAUCAUGUCACACUAUGCAUGGCAUAAUGUUACUGUGAACUCGAAGAUCACAACAAGGCAUAUAUUUGCUACAUUAUCAUUUAUUGCUGAAACUUUCAUCUUUCUUUAUGUUGGAAUGGAUGCCCUUGACAUUGAAAAGUGGAAGAUGACGAUAACAAACACAAGCUUGUUGACAACUUUUGGGAUCUACUUCACUAUAAUCGCAUUAAUUUUGGUGGGUCGUGCUGCAUUUGUGUUCCUUCUCUCCAGUUUAUCCAACUAUUUCAACUCAAAAUCCCCGAGCUCGAAGAUUACAUUUAAACAGCAGGUCAUAAUCUGGUGGGCCGGUUUGAUGCGCGGAGCUGUUUCUAUUGCACUGGCAUUUAGUCAGUUCACUAUUUCCGGUAUCACUUCAGACCCUGUGAAUGCGACAAUGAUCACAAGCACGAUCGUCGUCGUUCUUUUCACCACACUGAUCUUCGGCUUCCUAACAAAACCACUGAUAAACUUUUUACUCCCUCACCGGACUCGAGGGAUCAAUAGCCAUUCUGAAUCAGACUCGAACAAAGACGAUGCCGAUGUUUAUCUGCCUUUGUUCAGUUCGGAAGACGCAUCCAGGAUGAUUCAAGUCAAGAGAAGUUUAUCAGCACUGCUCGAAAGACCAGUCCAUACAAUACAUGUCUACUGGAGAAAGUUCGACGACAAGUACAUGAGACCGAUCUUCGGUGGCCCAUCUUAAAUCUUCGGCAUCUGAAAAACUAGUUGAAAAACUCGUAGUUUAGUUCAUUCACAUAGUUGUAGUCUGAGAUGUGUAAAUAUUAUCAUCUUAAACUAAUAAAAAUCAGA